AUGCCAAUAACCUGGAGCACUCACCACAAAGGUUCGAAUCCAUUGCACUUGAAUUUUGAUGGCUUGAUGGCAAAUCAAACAAAUGAUUCUGGAUUUGAGGAGCAGCCUAUCGACACAAAUGUUCAAGAAGCGCCAAGCCAGAGCAAUGGGACUGUUUUCAAUGCUGCAAUUGCGAAACCGGGUUUCAACAAUGUCAGGACGCAUUUGGAAAAAACAAAGAGCUUAAGCUCUUUUAACUCACUUCGAUCGCCUUCACUCUCGCUUUUAUCAACUGGACCUUCUGCAUCGCACAGUAUUCAGUGGAGAAGUGAUAUUUCACAACAGAGGCGUAGGAUUUACCCUCCAGUACCAGGAGCACAAGUUAAUGGGCAACAAUAUCGAAUAACUCCAUCUCAGCACUUUAAAGUGCAUUAUCAAACAGGUCAUCAGUAUUGUGCCGGCUCCGUAGAUCCGUUGAAUUCCACGGCGAAUCCUAGUCAUUUGUAUAAAACACAAUUCCCAGGUUUGGAAAGGCCUCUGAGCAAUCUAUCGUCUACAAUCACAGGGCCUAACGGCCAUUUACCAUCUUCAUCAUCUAUGUCUACACUCCCAUUAACAUCUACAUCUUACAGACUGCAGCCACAAUAUACGGCAAGGGUAACAAACAAGCAACUGCCAUCAACUCUCAAAGAACAAAUGGCUAUGCCUAUGCAGCACGUCGAUAUUGUUCAACGGGAUCUAGAGGAAGAAGAAGGAAAUUUUGGUUACACGGACACGUAUUUUGCAUAUCGACCUUCAAAGCUGCGUUGUGGUUUAGCCCAUCCGGACAGCGUCAUAGAAACUUCAUCGCUGAGCUCCGUACAAUUGCCAGAUAUUCAUUAUGUUUCAAGAAUCCCAGAACAUGUAAUUGAUACCGGAGCAAUCUCUGCUUUGCAAUACGAAGCUCUGAUUUAUGCAUGUCAAAUGCACGAGAGGCUACUACCAAGCGGAGAACGAGCCGGUUAUCUCAUUGGAGAUGGUGCUGGCGUUGGAAAAGGACGAACAAUCGCAAGUUUGAUCUACGAGAAUUAUUUGGCUGAUCGUAAAAAAUCGAUUUGGCUGUCAGUUAGCAGCGAUUUGCGAUUCGAUGCUCUGCGAGAUCUGCGAGAUAUUGGCGCUACGAAUAUCAAAGUUCAUUCUUUAAACAAAUUCCGAUAUACGAAAAUAAGUAGCAGCGAGAAUGGACGUGUCAAAAAAGCAAUGAUUUUUGCGACUUAUUCCUCCCUUAUUGGUGAAUGUAAAACGGCGUCGAAGUCCUAUUCAUCACGAAUAAAACAACUCGUGCAAUGGUUUGGAAAGAGUUAUGAUGGAUUGAUUGUCUUCGACGAGUGUCAUCGAGCCAAAAAUUUGGUUCCCGGUGUUGGUGGAAAGACGACAAAAACUGGCCGACUGGUGUUGGAAUUGCAAAAGCUACUUCCGAAUGCUCGAAUUGUUUAUGCAUCGGCAACUGGUGCCACAGAACCUCGGAAUAUGGCUUAUAUGACUAGGCUUGGACUUUGGGGUGAAGGAAGAUCCUUUUCAAAUUUUGGCGAGUUUCUUGGAGCGGUCGAGAAACGCGGAAUUGGAGCGAUGGAAAUUGUCGCCGUCGAAAUGAAGCAACGAGGGCUUUACCUUUCACGUCAGUUAUCAUUCCAUGGAGCCGCUUUUCGAGUCGAAGAAAUUCAACUUUCAGAUGAAUACAUAAAAAUUUAUGACAAUUCUGUGCGACUUUGGACGGAGGUGCGAUACCAUUUUCAAAACAUCGUCGCCAAGAUUUCACAAAAUGAGCGAUCCACCACGAACAAAUUUUUGUGGAGCCAAUUUUGGGCUAGUCAUCAAAGAUAUUUCAAAUAUUUGUGCAUAGCUGCAAAAGUUGAUGCUUGCGUAAGACUAACCCGUCAAGCUAUUUCACACGAUAAAUGCGUUGUUAUUGGUUUGCAGUCAACUGGCGAAUCUCGCACAAGAGAAGCCAUCGAAGAGCAAGGCGGAGAGCUCAGUGAAUUUGUUUCGACGGCAAAGGCCGUUUUGCAGAAUUUGAUCGAUAAUCAUUUUCCUGGAAUUGAUGAUGAUCCGAAUGACGAAUUUGAUCAAGAUUUUUUCGAUUUCGACAAGAAAAAGAAAAAAAGAAAAGCGGGCGAUUUCGACUACACCAACUCACGUGGCUUUCAAUCAACUUUCGAUCUUGAUUCGAAGCGGUCGAAAAUAGGGUCGCCAGAAGAAUCUGCUGCGAGUGAUGAUGACGUUACAGUAUCAAGUGAAGCCUCGCAGGAAUAUGGAGGGUCCGAUGAAUCCGAAACAGAAAUGAAUGGUGAAGAUGAAGAUGAUUGGAUCAAAACUCUGUACGAGGAGGCGGCAUCAGGAGAUGAAUCGGAAACAACUCGAGAUGAUGAAAAUUCAAGACCAGCAUCUGGAAUCCCUAUGAGUGGAAUGAAUGCUCUUGACUAUGAAAUGGAGUUAUCUAUCCUUCAAAGUUAUCUGGACGAACAGAAUGCCUCGUUUUUCGAAGAUGAAGAAGUGGAAGAUGAAAUAAAUCCAUUUUUCGCUGAUCUUACUAAAUAUGACCCAUGGGCGGACCGUCAACGAGGCGUCGUUUCUGUCGUAAAAGCUGAUGAAAAGGACAAAAAGGAGAAACGCCGAAAAAGCAAGAAGAAAAAGAAGCAAUUUCAACUUGAACUUCAAGAAAAACAACAACUCGAGGAGAUGCUCAAGAAACGAGAACAAGCAUUGGAAGAUGCUUCGAAGCAUACCGCAAAAGAUUUUCUAAACUUAUCGCGAGUUUGCGAAGAACUUGAUCACGACAUCAAUCCUUCUGAAAUCAAAGCAAAACUUCUUGUUGCUGUAGAAACGUUGGGACGUAGUUUACCGCCGAAUACUUUGGAUCAUCUAAUCGAUGAACUUGGUGGACCCGAAUUUGUUGCGGAGAUGACCGGUCGUCGCGGAAGGUUGGUUCAAAACGAAGAAGGCAAAGUUAUUUACGAGCUACGCCACAAAAAUUCGGAUGUGCCUUUAGAGUUUAUUAAUAUGGAAGAAAAAGAAAAGUUUAUGACGGGGCAGAAAAAAGUAGCAAUAAUCUCUGAAGCCGCUUCUUCUGGAAUAUCAUUACAGGCAGAUAAACGAGCAGAAAAUACGCUGCGACGAGUUCAUAUCACAUUGGAACUUCCAUGGUCUGCUGAUAAGGCUAUUCAACAGUUUGGGCGCACUCAUCGUUCAAAUCAAGUUAGUGCCCCCGAGUAUGUGUUUUUGAUCUCCGAACUGGCAGGCGAAAAGAGAUUUGCUUCAAUUAUAGCGAAAAGAUUAGAAUCUUUGGGAGCUCUUACUCAUGGUGACCGCCGCGCAACAGAAACUCAAGACUUCAGUCAAUUCAAUCUGGACACGAAAUAUGGACGUCAAGCAUUGGAAUGUCUACUUCAAUCGAUUAUUGGAACAUUGAAACCGCCAUUGAUUCAUCCCCCAAGAGACUAUAAACCUGGAUCUUUCUUUACAGAUAUGGCUGUCUAUUUGGAAAGUGUUGGAAUUUUAGUAAGAACAUCGACUGGGGCUUACGCGAUUGAAAAGGAUGGCCAACAAAUGUCUAAAUUCUUGAAUCGACUGUUGGGAAUUCCUGUUCAUGCUCAAUCUGCACUAUUUCAAUAUUUCUCGAACAUUUUGGCUGAACUCAUUUCGCAAGCAAAACGAGAUGGCACAUUUGAUAUGGGCAUAAUGGAUCUUGGUAGUGGAGGAACUCAAGUUCAAGUUCAAAACACUCGGGUCUUUCUUGGUAGUCCUGAGAGGGGUUCAUUCCGUGUCGAGAUGCACAAGAUAGCGGUCGAGCGUGGGAUUACUUGGGAUGAAGCUCUUUCAAUUUCAAAGCUCCAUGUUGGCAAAGAGGAUGGUUUCUACGUUUUGCGAAAAAACACGUGCAAGCAGCAGGCAUGCAUUCUUGCGUAUGGAGUUGAGAUGCUAAACGGUGACAACAAAAAAUCCUACAUUAUCACACGUCCUUCGACGGGAAGAAGUGCUAAACUCGAAAGCAUUGCGGAUUUAUCGCGGAAAUUUGUCAAGACUCAAAUCGAUACUGCUGAAAAACUGUGGAAGGAACAAUUUGACGCAUCGGCUAAAAUGUGCCAACAUCACUACAUUUGGGGUAAAUGUCGAACUGAGGAAAGUGGGCGAUUUUGCGAAGUUGGGCGCCGAAUGCGCACGUAUUUUGUUCUUUCCGGAUCGAUUUUAUCCGUUUGGCCCAUUAUCGAGAAUGUGUUUUCGUCAAUUGAAACGGACAAGCGUAAACGGCAAAUUCAGAUGAUACGUGUCUCCACCGAGCAAGGGCAAAAGAUUGUCGGCGUCCUUGUAUUACCACUCUACGUGAGGGCUCUUACUGCGAUGAGUACAAAUGGAGUAAUGCCGGCUGAGGCUGAUAAUAUUAUCGCAAGAAAAGCACAAAUAAAAGGGAAAAUUGAUUCAAUCCACUCCAGAAAAAGAUUGAUAGUCGAAAAGCUGCGGGAAUUUCACGAAAAGGGUUUCGAAAACGAUGAGCUAAAAGAGAAACUCCUCGAGGCGUAUGAUCAGCUCGAUUCACAAGAAAAAGAAUAUAUGGAGCUGUUUGUCGACAUUACGCGAAUUCACGAACGAGCCACCGAGGAUUUUACCGAAGAAAUGUUGGAUAUGGUUGAUCGCCUUUUGGAGGUGCGACUCGAGGGAAUGGAGGCUCAGCCGAGCAAUGAUGACACUGAACAGUUGACACUUGGGCUAAACGACGAGAUUGCUCGCCUACAGAAUGAACUUCUCGACAAUCAGUCUCGCGCUCUCAAAGCCACCAUGAUAAACGAGCAACUCAUUGAGCAACUUUCGAAAGAAAAGACGAAACAAGCCUAUUUCAAUGAGUAUCGCAAGUCGUCGAGUGGUGAAACGAAAAGCAAGUCACAAGAAGCGCAUCAUGACGUGCAAGCGAUGCGAAUUCGAGUGCACGGUGAAAAGCACGAAAACGACCGUAAACAGAAGCAACUCGAACGCCUUCGACGAAAAGCCGUCGAAAAGGGGAUCAUGGCCGGGAAAGAAGAUGAGGAACAGAAAAACGCUCUUUCUGCUCAAGUUGACGAAAAGACGAGAGUGCCGAAGUUUGAGAGCAAAGAGAAAGAAGUGGAAGAAAGCGAGGAGAUCGAGAAAACCGAUGAACAACUACAAGAGGAAAAACGGCGCGAGAUUCGGGAACGACUGAAGCAACAAAGAGAAGAAAGAGAGCAAUACUCGUCGAUUCGAGAGCGUUUCAAAGCGAUGGAAGAGCGAAAGAAAAGAAUGGAAAAUAUCCGAGAGAUGCUCGCCAAAAUGCAAGCCAUUCAAGCGCCAUCAUCAACUACGGAAAAUGCGGAUGCUCCAGCUCCAGCAGAAGAGAUCGAUGACGAGGAUCCAGUGAAAUUUCUUGAGGACACCUAUGCGAAUGCGAAAGCAAAACUGAGAGAGUUGACUACGAUGCGGGAGAACCUCGAGAAUAUACGUGAUCUCACAAAUCAAGUUGAUUCUGAAGCAGAAGCACAAUCAUCGUCUCGUUCGGAUUACUGGUACUAUCCAGAGAGUGAAAUCACAACGGCGUUAGAAAAUGAGAAGCCAAGGGGAUCACUGGGUAAAACCCUUCGCAAAGUGAUAGUGACAGCACCGAGUGCAGCGUUGCUUUCGUUUGGCUCGACUUUGCAACGGGUUGCCGAGCGGGAAGUACCUGCGGAUCUUGAUGAGCGAAUCGAGGCUUUUCUCUCGUGUUCACUAGAGUCAUCAACUAUUGAUGAUAAUUCAUACGAAGAAGUCGACUCCUCGUCGACUCCAAUCGCUCGAUCUCUUGUACUCGCAAAUCCACAGACGAUAGAAGCAGCUCGAAAAGAAUUGAAUAGCACAUACGAGAAAGAGAAAAAAGAGAAGACAUUAUCAAGAGUGAUACAUCAAUUAGAAAGUGAAGAAAAGGAAAAGAAGAAGAAGAAGAAAGUUGAAGAGGUAAAAGAGGUAAAAGAUUCGGUUGAAGAAGCGAUGCGGAGUGUGCUUGAGCAAGUUCGGCCAUUGAUUGGCGGGGAUUUCGACGUGGAAACGGCGGAGAGCAUUCGUGAAAUCGUGAUCGCUUCAGUGACCAAAUUUUGCUCAAAAAUCACUGACAACUAUACGCGAGUCCAGCUGGGUGUUCUCGUCUCGCAUAGUCUCGCUCCGUACAUUGGCUGUUCAUUAGAUAAAUGUCGUGAAGAGUUUCUCAUCGAUAUCUCUGAUAUUCUUUACAAUGAACUCGCUUUCUAUCACCUGCUCCACUCGCUAAACUCUAUCACCGAUUCAGCAAAUUUUUCU